UGUUUUAUCAUCACAUUAUCACAUGUGAGUGUUAAUGACUAAAGAAAGAAUGGGGAAAAUGACUGAAAUUCUUGAAUAGUCAGCUUAAUCUUUCAAUUUUAAAAUGUUAAAACAUUUUAACGCUAACACACAUAGUUCAGAAACAUAUGGUCAGUGGCCACUUUAUUAGGUAUAUCAAUCUUAUCUCUAGUUUCAUUCAUCAUUUUAUCGGGUAAACUUCCCAUACAGGUCACUUUGUAGAUGUACAAUUACAAACUGUUGCUUUGCAUUAUUUUCCAGCUCUCUAUCCUGUCCAAUAAAGACAAGGACCAUAACAGAACUACCACAGAACAGAUAUUAUUUGGGUGGUGGAACAUCUCAGCACAGCAAUGACACUGACAUGGUAGCAUGUGUUGCCCUAGUACAGGUGUUAAACUCUGUACACUUAUUGCCACUUUAUUAUGCAUACCUACUUUGUUGGUCCAUGUUUAUAGGUGUACAAUUUGAAACUACAGCUCAUCUUUUUCCAUGCACAAUUGAAAUGACCUCUAGCUCUUUGCCAGUGUCAGUUUCUGACCACAGAACUGCCGCUGGCUAAAUAUUUUUUUUAUUAUUAUUACUGGGCUGUUUCUCAACCUUGCGUUGAUCCUUCAGGCUAACAGUUGCUUCCAUGGAUAAUCUCACCUGAAUAAUCUAGAUUUGUACCUUGCUGCUGUUAUCAUAAAGAUUGUCCUGUGCUCAUCCCAGGACACUCAUUUACAAUAAGCUCAUACUGAGCAUCCUUUCAACACACUUAGUUGUGUUUGACUUUACUCUCCUACACCUGUAUACUGUAACAAUUUAUAAUCGCUCUAUCCGGGUCACCUAGAAGAGAAUGGGUUCCUUCUUGAGUAUGGUUCCUCUCAAGAUUCCUUCACAUGUCGUUGUCAUUCCUUCACAAACUAAACAGUUUACGUGCUAAGCACUAAGCCACUGUGCCCCCAUGUUGUACAUAUCUUCCAGAUUAUUUAUACAAGUAUUUUUUUUUAUUAUUUUAAAUCGAAUAUUGCACCUUUAAUAAAUUGUAAUCUGAGCACCACAGCUCAUCGAGAGGUUGUGCAGGUCGUGUCCGAUUUCCACCAGCAGGUGGCGACACACACACUCACUUGUGGGAACCGCGUGGCCUCAGCUCGGGGGGCCUCCGUAAUAUGUGAAGUGUGUGCGCGGAGUUUUGGCUUGAUGCGGGAGCGUGCAGGAGUCAGCGAGGGGGGUGAAAGUAAAGUCCAACUCCUAAACACGAGUGAACAGGAGGAGGAGGAAGAGGAGGAGGAAGACAGAGAGAGAGAGAGAGUGCGCGAGCGCAGGGGAGCAAACGCGCGCGCGUAAAGAGCCUCCAAAGAGUUCGUGCACUUUCCAGUCCAGUUUUUAAGUCCUGAACCGUUUUGCAGUGGAUGUACAGGCAUGUCGCCGGAGCACGAGAGCGGAGGAAGGUGGUGGCCGAGGCGGACAGCACAGAGACUGGCACCGCGAGGAUGCCAACAACACCGCCGCUGCGUUCUGCACUUCAUCAUGAUUGUACUGAGCAGCUGCAUGACGCGCACUGCUGCAGGAGCUGAAGCUAACUCCGAGCCGAACGUGGUGACUGCCUCAAGCUGGAACGUUUCCAGUGAAGCACAGAAAGACCACUUCCUCAGACUCGAUGCUCCCAUGAACAACAUCACUACGUCCCUGGGCCAGACUGCCGAGCUGCACUGCCAUGUGUCGGGAAACCCGGCUCCCACCGUGCGCUGGCUGAAGAACGACGCUCCGGUGACUCCAGAGGCACGGCGUAUUUCCUACAAGCAGACUUCAUACGGGUCUCGACUGCGCAUUCGCAACCUAGACACCACCGACACCGGCUACUUCCAGUGUGUGGCCAUCAACAGCUACGGCACCGUCUCCACCACGGGAAUCCUCUUCGUGAAAUUCGAUCCGCUGCCAACACCCCAGUCUGGAAAGCCUUCACCAGAGGACUUUGAAGAGGAAGGCUUCUGCCAGCCGUACAGAGGAAUUGCCUGCGCGCGCUUCAUCGGGAACCGGAGCAUCUUUGUGGACUCGCUGCAAAUGCAGGGCGAAAUCGAAACUCAAAUAACCGCUGCCUUCACCAUGAUUGGCACUUCCAACCACCUGUCAGAUCGCUGCUCUCAGUUUGCCAUCCCGUCGCUCUGCCACUUUGCCUUCCCCACAUGUGACCGGAGCUCUGGGAUUGAUAAACCACGCGACCUGUGCAAGGAUGAGUGUGAGAUCCUGGAGAACGAUCUGUGUAAGACUGAGUACAUCAUCGCCCGCUCCAACCCCCUGAUCCUCAAACGACUCAAACUGCCCAACUGUGAAGACCUGGCUGCUUUGGACAGCCCCGAGGCAGCCAACUGCAUGAGGAUAGGCAUCCCAAUGGGCGAGUCCAUCAACAAAAAUCACAAGUGCUUCAACAGCAGCGGUUCUGAUUAUCGGGGCACCACCAGCAUGACCAGGUCAGGCCGCCAGUGUCAGCCGUGGAACUCUCAGUAUCCACACAGCCACACCUACCUCGCUGUGCGCUAUCCAGAGCUAAAUGGCGGCCACUCAUACUGCCGUAACCCAGGCAACAAGCAGGAGGCACCCUGGUGCUUCACUCUGGAUGAGGGCGUUCGCAUGGAGCUAUGUGACAUCCCUGCGUGUGACCCGGAGAAGCGUGGAGGCAGCAGUAUGGAGAUCCUCUACAUCCUGGUCCCCAGUGUUGCCAUCCCGCUAGCCAUCGCCUUGCUCUUCUUUUUCAUCUGCGUGUGCCGGAAUAACCAGAAAGCCUCGCGUCCACCCGCGCAGCGCCAGCCCAAACCUGUCCGCGGCCAGAACGUGGAGAUGUCCAUGCUGCCUGCAUAUAAGCCCAAGACUAAAGCCAAAGAGCUGCCUCUGUCAGCUGUACGUUUCAUGGAGGAGCUGGGUGAGUGCACCUUUGGUAAAAUCUACAAAGGUCACCUGUACCUGCCAGGUAUGGAGCAUGCUCAGCUUGUGGCCAUCAAGACUCUGAAGGACUUCUCCAGCCCACAGCAAUGGAACGAAUUCCAGCAGGAGGCUUCUGUGUUUGCAGAGCUCCACCAUCCUAAUGUUGUGUGUCUCCUGGGCAUGGUGACACAGGAGCAGCCUGUGUGCAUGCUCUUCGAGUUCCUCCCACUCGGAGAUCUCCAUGAGUUCCUGGUCAUGCGCUCGCCACACUCUGACGUCGGCUGCAGCAGCGAUGAGGACGGCACUGUUAAGUCCAGCCUGGACCAUGGAGACUUCCUGCACAUUGCAAUGCAGGUAGCAGCUGGCAUGGACUACCUGGCCAGCCACUUUUUCAUCCACAAGGACCUGGCAGCAAGGAACAUACUUGUAGGAGAACAACUUCAUGUGAAAAUUUCAGACCUGGGACUGUCAAGGGAGAUCUACUCUUCUGAUUACUAUCGCGUGCAGCCAAAAACACUGCUGCCCAUCCGCUGGAUGCCUCCAGAAGCCAUCACGUAUGGAAAGUUCACCACAGAUUCUGACAUCUGGGCUUUUGGAGUGGUUCUUUGGGAGAUCUUUAGCUUCGGUCUUCAACCCUACUACGGCUUCAGCAACCAGGAAGUGAUUGAGAUGGUGCGCAAGAGGCAGCUGCUGCCUUGCCCAGACGACUGCCCGCCACGCGUCUACACGCUAAUGAACGAUUGCUGGCAGGAAGGACCUGCACGGAGGCCCAGGUUUAAGGACGUCCAUGCUAGACUGCGUGCCUGGGAGGGUUUGUCAUCCCACGCCAGCUCCAGCACACCAUCCGGAGGCAAUGCCACCACUCAGACCACCUCGCUCAGUGCCAGUCCCGUCAGCAACCUCAGCAGCCCACGCUAUGCCGGAUACAUCUAUGGUGCUCCUCAGGGAAUACCAGCAGGUCAGAUUGCAGGUUUUGUGGCAGCACCAAUGCCACAGAACCAACGCUUCAUCCCUGUGAAUGGAUACGCCAUCCCUCCAGGCUACACUGCUUUCCCAGCUGCCCACUUUGCCUCAGCUCAGGCACCCACACGAGUGCUCCAGCACUGUCCUCCCCCUAAGAGUCGUUCCCCCAGCAGCGCCAGUGGCUCCACCAGCACGGGCCAUGUUACUAGCGUGCCCUCCACAGGCUCGAACCACGAUGCAAACACGCCACUGCUUUCACACUGCGUCACUCUAGCUCCUGUGGCCACCAUGCAGGGCGGCGCGGUGUCCAUGUUUGGACACAUGGCACAAAAGGGGCUGCAGAUGGACCCGGCUCAGGCGUCUCUGUUAGCCGACUCCAACAGACUCAUGUACGGCGAAUCGGUCAUCACCGCUGACUUGUGAAUACAUCGUUCCUUUUUCUUUCUUUUUUUUGUAAAUGAUUAUAAUUAUUGAUAUUUUAAAAUGUUUUCUUUCACUGUGUAAAUACCAACUAGCCGGAAUGGAAUGUAAAAGAUUUAUAUUCUAUGGUUUUGUUUUGUUUUUUUUUUAUAUGAAAAAUGUAAGAAAAGAAUAAAGGAACACCUCCUCAUCUCCUCUUACUGAUGAUAUCAGUAUGAUACCUGAAGAAGACUUUGAGACCCUUUGAUUUUCUUCCAGUCACUCUUUUCCAGCUGGAUGAGAAUAUGAGCUUGCUGUAAAGGAAUCCUCAUCUUGAUCACAGCCCUGAAAUACAAUGGUCAUGAAAUCAUGCCUUUUUCAUGUCUGCCUCAAAGCCAUUUUGAUUGGACUGUGGCUUGAGCUCGUCAACAUUUCUCAUUCUCUUUUCUCAAAGUCAUCAAUCUGACAGUUUGGUUUCGCUUUGGUAAUUGCAGUGGUAAUCGGGUGUAUUGGUUAUGGACUGUUGGUCUAGUAAUUUUCAUUUGAAAUGACCUCGUGAAUGAGUUGAUGCUUUAUUAUAUUCCAACUCCAUGCUGCCUUUUCAGGUAGCUUUAAAUCUUCUGUCAUUGAAAACUAUACAUAUUCAUUGUAUAGACUAAAAACCUUUUAUGCCUGACCUCUGGUAAAACUUAUUGCACUGUUUCUGGUCAUAAACUGGUGAGUGCAAAAGUUUGCAUACCCUAAGGCCAAAAUUAAGACAAAGAUAUUACAUGUAUGGUACCUCCUCUUCCCUGACAUAUCUGUUCUUAUUCUGCCAGCUUGACCAAUCUUUGGCAAGACUAACAGGUAUAUCUGUGACUGUGUCAAGCAUCACUUGUCACAAAUCAGGCCUUUUUUUGUCGAUUUUGCUUCCAUUCAAAAUCACACUUUAGCUUUGAACUACACUUACACCAUGUUUGAUGAGAAAAAUGCAGUUUUAUGACAAAACGUGCUUCACAUUUAUCUUAGUAAUCCAUCUUAAGAUGUUUCCAAGUACUUAGUAAGUAUUUUAAAGUCAGUCAUGAUCAUUUUAGCUGGUAGAACCAAUUACCACUCACUGAAUGAUACCGGUCAUAAUCGUAGCAUUGUCAGCUCUACAUUUACCUUUACAUUCAAGUAUUUGGCAGACCCUUUUAUUCAGUGCAACACAGUUGAGCUGAACAGAUGAAAGUUAAAGGCCUUGAUCAGUGGCAGCUUGGUAGUACUAUCCAAAAUCCCCAAAUUCUGUAUCUACUGAGGCUCUCUAUCCUCCGUGUGGCAUGCCAUGAUCUCAACCUGUCUGUAUGCUGGCUGGCUCACCAGGCUCUCUAUCUGACUACCUUUGUCAUUGGUCAGCUGAGCUGUCUAUCUGUUGUGCUGCCUGUUUAUCUAACUCACCAGCUGUGUACUCUGUCUAUCUGUAUAACUGGCUGGCUGACCGUCUCUAUCUGUCUGUCUAACAGCGGUCCAACUAUUCUGGAAUGGCAAGUCAAGCUAUCUACUGUACCUCUCUCUCUGAAUGUUCAAUCGUGCUUCCAUCCUUGCAGCUGUUUGGCUGGAUGUCUCCGCACUUAAUCUGUCUUCCUCUGCAAACUCAAUUCAAAUGAGAUUUUUUGUCUCUAUGAAUUUUCAGCCUUUGCAUUGUGUAUUAGCGAGAAUGCCUAGAAAAGAUCAUAUCUGUGCGAUACGGCUAGGUAGAAGGAUAGUUGUGCUCAAAUGAGAGAAAUUUUCUCAUGUGCGUGAAGGCAGAGGCUGUCCACAGACCGAAUGAAACCAGACCACAGAGGUCUAUCCAAAUAUAUAUUUAUUAUUUUAAACUUGCAUAUCGAAAAAAAUGUGCAAAGAUCAGCAAGCUUAAAAAGACCAGAGAGCAGAUGUUUCAGCUAAUAGCUUUCUUCACUAUACAGCUUGUAAAAUACAUCAGCAGUUUGCCAGCGAUUACAAUUUUCUCUUUUGUUAAAGAAUGACACAUUUUUAUCUGGUUAUACUUGCAUUCAAUAUUGUGAACCGUUCAUGAAACAGGUUAGUGCCUUGGGGUUAGGGUUAGGGGUAGGUUUAGGGUUGUUUUAUUGCUAGCCCUAACUCCAAGUUUUUAAACAUAGGGUUAGGGCUAUCUAUAAAACAUUGUUCCCUCAUCACCCUCACCCGCGCCCUUCUUGAAGUUCAUAAGACAUUGUAUCUUUACAAAGAAGCCACAAAUUGCUCUGACUUUCUCUGAUGGGACACCUUACCUCUGACAAAACAGUUUUACCUGGGGCUGUGCUGACACUUGAGACUCCUUCCAAAAAUACUAAAUCAGCAUCUCCUAACAGAAAAUUUCACAAUAUCAACUAUUCCAUGUUUUCCGAAUCUUCUCGGUUGGAGCGUCUGCCGUGCACGUCUCUGUUAGUUGUUUUUCACAGUAGAAACCGUAGUGAUGAUAAUUAGAAUGAAUGCAUUCAAAUAAACAUGUCAUUUGUCUUGCAAUUAAUCAACAUCUUCUGACCAAUCAGAUUUGAGAAUUCGACGCCAUCAUAAUGUCUUAUGAAAGCUGGCUAUUGAGUAUAUGCACAGGGUUCACAAGGGGCUCGGAGCUUUUCUUUGUGUACAAAUGAAGUGAAUGCAUUUUCUCUCUUCUUCCCUCAUAUUAUUGAUCAAUCCUGUAUCUGCCAACUCGUAUUAUCACGUUCUUAUUUUCUUUGUGUGUCGACUUGUCUAGACUGGACUGGGAACUUCACCUUAACGUCACAGGGAAUAGCUGCACUGUCUAGUCGCUAGCUCUUUCUAUUGUUUAUUUUAGUUAGUUGCUAUGCAACUAUCAAAUACAGAUGUGCACCAGGGUUCAGGCUGUUAUUCAGGGUACAGUUAAAAGGUUAUACAUACAAAGCUAGAACAAUCUUCUCCAGAAAUGCCUUCUUUUUUUUUUUUUUUUUUGCCUGUGUCGUAACAUGUUAUGGCAUAUUAUGAAAGAACUUCCCCUUGCUAUGCAUGAAAUAACUGAUAUUUGAAUAGUUUAUUUUUGAAUCAAUGGUUUAUUUUUGUACAACAUUUUGUAUCAACAAUAUUGCAAUAUUAUAAACCUCUAACCAUACUGAGACUCUUGGUGAUCAUGAUUAUGGUACGAGCUCAUGUUUGUAACGUGGACAAAUCACUUAUCUGUUCUUUCGAAGUGUCUUCAUGCAUUUGCCUCCAGGAAGAUCGGAGGUUUUAUAUAGCUGUUUGAUUUGUAACCAUAAUCGCUUGUACGGCAAGUCAAAAACCACUUAAUACUGAAGACUGUGAAUCGUUUUUUGGCUCUCCAUAGAGGGGCGCCAUUAAGGACGCAGUAAAUACAUGCUAAACGUUUACACAUUUUAUAUGUCAACUUAUGUGGCCUUGAUUUUCUUUGUGUCAUUGUGAGAAGAGUUUUGCACAAAUAGUUUGUAUGGCAAACUUGCUAUUAAACAACUGUUGUUUUUUUGUCAUAUUGAGGACGUUUGAUUAUUUUGAACUGGAGUAGAUCCACCCACCCAUCCAUUUAUAAUACAAAGGGUCACGGGGAGCCUGGAGCCUGUCCCAGGGAACUCGGGGCACAAGGUGGGGAUACCCUGGACAGGGUGCCAACCCAUCGCAGGGCGCACACACACACACACACACACACACACACACACACAUAUGCCCAUUCACACACUACAGGCAAUUUGGAAAUGCCAAUCAGCCUACAGUAUAUGUCUUUGGACUGGGGGAGAAAACCAGAGUACCCAGAGGAAACCCCUGAAGCACUAGGAGAACCUGCAAACUCUACACACACAAGGCAGAGGUGGGAUUCAGACCCCCAACCCAGGACGUGUGAGGCAAACGUGAUGACCACUAAGCCACCGUGUCCGUCCCCCAACUUGAGAGUAAAUCAUACAAAUCAAUUGUUAAUAUGCUACAUAUAAUAUGAAGAACCUGAUUUAUUUUAGGUUCUUCAUAAGAACUAAACUAAAAUCAAGGGCGUCAUGGCAACAUUAAUUCAUUCAGUAGUACAAGUAGUUACGCUGUAAUGAGACCAUGUUGUAUAUAAAGCAUUGUAAAUGAAACAGUUAUACAACCCCUGGUAAAAAUGAUGGAAUCACCACAAUUAGAGGAUGUUCACCUGGCUUUUUUACUUCAUAGCAAAUAAACAAAUCACAGAUUUGACACAAAACAAUAUUUGUUUAAUAGCUGAACAUUCUGGCUUCGUGGAAUAUACCUCAAACAAGUUCAAUUGUUUAAUUAAUGGCAUAUUUUUUUCCAGAUCAUGUAGUGGAAAAAAAUAUGGUAUCAGUCAAUGUUGAGGAAAAGAUUAUGGAAUUAUCAACAUCACAAUUAGUACUUUGUUGCUCCUCCUCUUGGCUUUUAUGCCAGUCUGAUUUCUUUGAGGCGUGGCAAAGCUGGUUUAACUUUCUGGAACAGCGGGUGAUGGAUUAGCUUUGCAGGAUGGAGCGUUGUCAUGGACUGAUGUUUUAAAUUUGCACCAUAAAUUUUAAAUCGCAUUGAGAUCCGGACUGUUUGCUGGCCAGGUCAUUCAGUUGAUCUGCCUUUACUGAAGAAAAGCUUUAACACUUUCUGCUCUGUGGAAAGAUGCAUCAUCAUCAUCAUCAUCAUCCUGAAAAAUUAUUCAUCAUCAUCAAACCUAUUUUCUAUUGAUGGAAUGAGGAAAAUGUCCAAAAUUUCAGUGUGCACCUGUGUAUUAAUUCUUGAGGUCUGCCCUGGUCCUUUACCUGACAUGCAACCUCGUAUCAUAAAUGAGGGGGAAAUUCGUGAUUCAUCACUGAAUAUCACUUUCAUCCAAUCAUCCCCACUCCAUGAUUGCUUCUCUUUAGCCCACUGUAGCCUUCUUUUCUCCUGUUUAGGUGUUCGUGCUGGUUUUCGUUUGGCUUUUCUGUGCGUAAAUCCCAUUUCAUUCAGGCCAUUCCUUACAGUUCUGUCACAGACACUGACUCCUGUUUCCACCCAUUUGUUUUUCAUUUGUUUUGUUGUGAAUUUUCUAUUUUAAGGCGUAUUGCUUUGAGUUUUCUAUCCUGACUCUUUGAGGUCUUCCUCGGUCGACCCGUAUGUUUUCCUUUUAUAACCUUCCCAUUUUGUUGGUACUUUUAGACACAGCUGUCUGGGAACAAGCAACAUCUUUUGCCACAAUUUCAGUAUUCCCUCUUGAAGGAAUUCCUUCAAUCCUUUCCAUUGUUUCAAUUUACAAUUCCCUUGUUGGGGCCAGGUUUCCUUUCAAAAAGUCCAAGGUUAAGGUCUGUAAGCACUCUCCUUUUAACUGCAGACUAAUUUGCAUUUUUAGACUUAGUGCUGGUAUUUGUUUUAGAAAUGCAGAUUACAAGGUGAUUCCAUCAUUUUUUUUUUGCUCAAUAUUGAGUGAUGCCAUCAUUUUUUCCUCUACUUGAUCCGGAAACAAAAUAUGCCAUUAAUUAAAAAUAAUUUCAUUUAACUUUUCAC